AUGACGUGCCGAUCCUCUUUGCUUUUCAUUUCCAUCUCUCUUGUUGUUUCUUCCGGUUUUGCUGAGACCCGUUUCACGAAGAUCCGAUCCGAUGAACGCCCCGUAAUCCCCACCGGCGAGUUCCGGUCCACUCACGAGAACCGUCGGGACUAUCUGUCGGCCGGCGAAACAAUUCUCCCCAGGGUUUACUUCCUUUCGUCCCUCGCUUAUAUCGCACUUGCAUUGAUUUGGAUUUACGUCCUUUAUAAAAGCAGACUUACUGUUUCUCGAAUCCAUUUCCUUGUCCUAAUCUUGGCUAUUUUAAAAGCUUUCAGUCUCGUUUUCGAAGCAGAGUAUACGUCUUAUAUCAAACGAACCGGAGGCGCUCCCGGUAGGGAUAUUUUGUAUCACAGUUCCGAUUGUUUUAAAGGGAUCCUACUUUCCGUGUUGGCCCUUUUGAUCGGCACCAGCUGGUCGCAAUUGAAACCUUACUUGGAAGACAAGGUUCCGAUGAUCGUGAUUCCACUUCAGGCUGCUGUCAACGGUGCCCAAUUGGUCGUCGAUGAAACCUCACCUUUCGGUUCGUUUGGAUUCACAUGGAGGAUAGUGAUUGUGUUUGUUGAUGCUAUUUGUUAUUGGACCGUGCUUUUGCCAAUUGCUCGGUCGACCGAGAACUCGGACGAGGCGGCUCAGACGGAUGGGAACGCUGCGGUGAAUUCGACCAAGCGGAGAAUGGUAAUCCGGUGUUGCGUUGUGGUCGUCGGUUAUAUCUACUUAACUCGUGUUCUGGUUUCUGCUUUGGUGACGAUUUCUUCGUAUAAGCAUCCUUGGACCACCGUGUUGGCCGUGGAGUUGUGCACAAUAGCGUUUUUUGUGCUUACCUGCUAUAGAUUCAUGCCGGAGGCGCGUGUCCGAUAUUCCGUGAUCGUUGGUGAAGAAAAAGAGGCUGUUGCUGAGGUGCCGCUGCUUGAAGACGAGGGGAAAUAG